AUGGCUGACGUGUACAACCAAAGCGAACUUCUCAUAGGUCCGGAGACCCUUCAUUUCCUCGUCUACGAGCACUUAGUUCACCAUUGCUACAGCGCAACAGCGGAGGCGUUUGGGGACGCGUGUGGAUUGGGCGAUCCAGGCAAGCUCUUCGCCAAGCGCGCGAAUACGUCGUCGAAGCUUGUGUCAGGGAAGAGGGUUCCGGGGCCGGGCAAGAUAGGGUUGUUUGCGAGGGGAGAGCAGGGAGUGGACGGGGAUCUCGGAGCAGUUGGACAGGCGGACAUGGAUGUCGACAACGCAAUGGAAACCGACGAAACGAACGACGCUGAACCGAUGGACAUAGUUGGGGCUCCGCACCAUAAUUCAGAUGAAGCAAAUCAUUCAACGUUCGGCAUUGGGGGGAUGGGAGGCGACGGCAGUUCUCUGAGCUCACGCGGCACGACGAGCGCAACUCCGCUACAAACGCUGCCGGAUCGACAAGCCGUGUAUCGGUUGAUCGCAGAUGGGAACAUUGCAGAGGCGAUCCAAUAUUGUCAGAUGGCGUUCCCAGAUGUGCUGAUUGGCGGGUCUGUAGACAAAACAGAAGUAGAGUUUGAGCUGCAAUGCCAAAGGUUCAUUGAGCUGGUGAGGACAAGCGCUGUGGAGGCUAUGGCGUUUGCGCAAGAAGAAUUGGGCAAAUUCGACCUGACCCGCCCAGAUUACGCGGCGAAAGUGAACGACAUCGUUGCCCUCAUCGCCUAUCCAGAUCCACUGAAGUCUCCACUCGCAAAGUAUCUCGCAGAAACACGGCGAAUAGACGUUGCCACACUGGUGAAUAGCUAUAUUCUAGCGUCACAUGGAUACUCGCCCACAACCGCGAUCGAGACACUGGCACGCCAAGCUACCGUUGUGCGCGAAAUGCUGCAUCAAGAUGCCGAUAAGGACUCUAAAAAGGCAAACAAAGUAGGUGCUUCAUGCUGUGGUGCACAUGAUUUUGGCCUAAACGCUGAAUACCGUCACCUCCCACAAUCAGAGCCAGUAUGGGAGAUGGGAUCUGUCCCUCUUAACCGGCGACGCUCGACCAGCAUAGUAUUACCGGCGAAUGAGGAGACUACCGACGAUCAUGGCUGCAAAGCUGGGCGUCCUCCAUCCCUGAUCAAUGGGGCGUGGAACGGACGAUCAUGCAGAGCGAAUGCUGAAGUCUACGCAUCCAUGGACUAUUCCCAAGAUUCAUUACUUCGUUGA